ACACGCUGGAUAAAUUAUUUUUAAUGAAAAAGGAUAAAAUUAUCGUACUUAGACGAGAAUGGGGACUUGCCGGCCGAGUGCCGAGCCACUAACAAAAACAAAGUUCUUUUGAUUUGAGCAACACCAAAAUUAGACGAGAAUGGGGACUUGCCGGCCGAGUGCCGAGCCACUGAAGAGACGAACCACAAUCUCCGUUUCGCAGCUACCAGAUCUGUAGCCUUAUCAGCUUUCACCAUCUGAAUCUCUUUCAGUACUGCUCGUGCCUUCGUCUCCAAGGUUGGAACAGAGGCUUUCAUCUUCAAUAAACUUUAGUAGGUGUAAGGUGCUAUUACAAAAACAAAAGGACAACAAGUAUCAUGGAACCUAAGCGCAAGUUAUUGGCAACUACAAGUUCUCAGGCUCAAGGAGCUUGUCCUGACCAUAUGAAAGAUAGAUUUAGUGAUCUGCCCAACGAAGUUGCUCAUCAGAUUCUUUCAUCAGUUUCUAUAUUGGAUCUCACUCGUUUCGGCACUUUAUCCAAAAAGUGCAGAGAACUUUAUCUGUCAACGCCCUCAUUGAAUUUUGAUGAAUUUAACAACUGGAAUAAAUCCUCUUAUGCUAAGCAAUUCAAGUUGUUGAGUUCUUUGGAUAGGUUCUUGGUUCGUCGUAGGGAGAAUAAGAUACAAUGCUUUCGUAUUUGUUGGAGUCUCAGUUACGGACAAGCUUCAAGUCUCUAUAAUGAGCUUUACGGAGUAGUCACGUGGAUCCAUAUGGCAGUAAGGUGUAAUGUUGAAGUGCUUGAUCUUGAGUUGAGGAUACCUGAUACGACGAUGCUAGAGUUGCCAUCUUGCAUCUUUCGUUGUGGAUCUUUGAGGUCUCUAUCAGUGCAGUGCACUGCAGAAAUUCUUACAGCGCCCUCCUUGGUUAGUUCCACUAAUCUCCAGUACUUAAAGUUGACAAAUGUUACAAUAGAUGAGGGGUUUUGCAAAUGGAUCUCGUGUUCUUGCAAAUGCAUUAAGGAAUUGCAUCUUGAACAUGUUGAAGUAGAAAAUAUCACCCUGGAAAGCUCGUCGUUGGAAUCUUUUAGUUUUGUGUUUCCCUCUUAUUGUGGCCUCUGUCAUCUUAAUAUCUCUUGUGAGAAACUUGAAGACAUGCAUAUAGAGUGGAAAUUUGCUUCAACUAGCAGCAGAUCCUUCAAAGUUUUUGCUCCAAAUCUUAAAUAUUUGAAUUGGAUUGGGAAUUUGUUGAAUAACCAAAAUCUGGGGAAACUAAUGCGUUUAGAGAAGGCUGAGAUUUUUCUGAAGCAUGGGGUAGAUAACAAUGACUUCAGCAAUGUACUUGCGGUUCUCUGCAGUGUAUGCAGGGCUAAAGUCCUUAUUCUAAGUGGAGAGAUGACCAAGGCUCUGUUGAGGGAAGGUCCUGUGUCUACACCGUUUGAUGAUAUUUCUUACCUGGGUAUGCAUAUUGAGAGCUUGGAUGAUGACAUAGUCCCGGCAAUGGUCUCUCUUCUGAGAAGAAUGCCCAAUUUGAAAACUUUGUGCAUAAAGUCUGACACUUCCUUACUCAUCCAUAAACCUGAAGUGUGUGGAUUUAAUAAGGAAUUCUGGAAAUCUCAAAACUUGGCUUUUAUUGAUCAGCUUAAGGAGGCAACAAUAGAGCUUUCUAAUGGGAACAAUGAACUGGAGCUAGCAAGAUAUAUGCUUGAAGAUGCAAAGAACUUGAAGGAAAUGGUCAUACUUUAUUUACCCCAGCAAUCAACUCUUAUUCGGGCGGUAAAUGAAAGUAAGAUGAAUUCUGUUGCCAGAGUUAUCUUUCAGGAAAAACAAAGGAAAUGAAAAGGGGGAAAAAGGA